GUGGGGAGCCGAAGCCCGAAGCGCUGCACAAGCUCCGGGAAGGCGGGACGGAGGAGGAGCUGUGUUGGAAAAGCGGAAUGUGUCUGAAUGCCGGGGUUGGAUUACCGAAAGUCUGCAAAGCCUAUUUCUGUUGCAAGCAGUGUGCCUCUGGCCGUGCCUCUGUCUGCGAGAGCCGCUUUAGGACAUGGAUCCCAAAGGAGCAAGAGGGACCAGGAAGCGCCGCUGAUCUGCACAGACCCCUUUGCCUGCUGCUGCCCCACAGGGAACAGGAGCCGCUUUAGGACAUGGAUCCCAAAGGAGCAAGAGGGACCAGGAAGCACCACUGAUCUGCACAGACCCCUUUGCCUGCUGCUGCCCCACAGGGAACAGGGAGCUGCUGAGGAGCCACAUGGUCCAUCCCUGGAUUCUCCAAGCACUGACUGCCCAUCCACUCUGACCACAGCCAGGGGCCACAUCCCACUGCCUGCCCAGCGUCCAUCCAUGGAGGUGACCACCGUGUCCCCAUCUCCUGCCUCACCCACUGAAGGAGAUGAUCUGUGUGAGACAGAUGUCACCAGAGUGGCCAUACACAGUGUGACACUGCUCAUCUGCCUCUGUGGGCUGGCUGGGAACGGGGCUGUCAUCAGCCUCCUCAGCCUGCAAAGUGGGAGCUGCUGAGGAGCCACAUGGUCCAUCCCUGGAUUCUCCAAGCACUGACUGCCCACCCACUCUGACCACAGCCAGGGGCCACAUCCCACUGCCUGCCCAGCGUCCAUCCAUGGAGGUGAGUACCGUGUCCCCAUCUCCUGCCUCACCCACUGAAGGAGAUGAUCUGUGUGAGACAGAUGUCACCAGCGUGGCCAUACACAGUGUGAUCCUGCUCAUCUGCCUCUGUGGGCUGGCUGGGAACGGGGCUGUGCUCUGGCUCCUCAGCCUGAAAACUGGUAAUCGUCACUUCUUUUACAUGGCUUUCAUGGACUUCCUCUUCCUCCUCUUUGCGAUCCCCUCUGCCCUCCUCAUCCUGGUGGAGGACAUGUCCUGCUCUACUAUCCUGCCCUUGAUGUACAUGAACUUUGUUUUCCAGCUGUCAGUGGUCUCCUACUACAGGGCACUGAUGUCUAAAUCGACUGUGCUCUAUAUGGACAAGCUCUGCUGGCUCUGCUGCCGCUGCCACCUUCCCGAGCGCCUGAUGUGGGUGGUGGACAGUUUCCGAUACUGGGCCUUCUUUGGUCUCUUCACUGUCAUUCCCUCCAUGACAUUUCUGUGCCCAUCACACCAGGAGGAGCACUGCCAGGCAGCUCUCAUCUCCAUGUACACCAUCACCCUGCUCCUCUUUGCUGCACCCGUGGUCAUUUCUGGCAUAAUUGACUUCAUUAAGGCACAAUGGGGCUACCAGCAACAGCAACCCAAGAGACGCGACAUUGUUACCUACCUCGUUGUGCUCUUCUCUCUCCUUCUUACCAUAUGCAAUAUCCUGCAGCAGUUCGGUUACGUCACUGUCCCCUCACAGGUUCUUUUCCUGCUUGCCUCCAUCAACAACAGCAUCAAACCCUUCAUCUACUUUUUGGUGGGGAGGUGCUGGAGGCCCUGCUCCAUAAAGUCCCUCCGGCUCUCCCUCCAGAGGGUCUUUGAGGAGCCAAAAGAAAAAACAACCCACAGUGAUGGUCCUGCCAUGAACACAGUGCUCUGAGAUUUUGAUCCCUACCACUGCUCUGCUGAAGGACCUCGGCACAGAGGCUGAGGGUUUCCCUGAGUCUCCUGAUUAAUAAAUAUCCAUAGGAUCACCUAAACCAUGGGGCUGUAUUCCUGCAGGAGAAGGGAGCAGGAGCAUUGCCUUGGGUGAUUUUUGUGGGAUGCUCUGCAGGGAGCACACUGGAGCAUGGCUUUCCUCCUCCCUCCUGGAUCCACAUGGCUCCAAGCAGUGCAGCUGGGCUCAGUGCUGUUCCCCAGCUCUAUUCCCCAUCGAAUGACCCUCAUGGUCUCAGCCCCAGGGAAUGAACUCCAUCUCCUUUGGCUCAGCAGAUGAUUUUCAUGGUGUUUUCAGGGAGCUCUUGCCUGCAAAGCAUGGGACACCCUAAUCCCUGGGGACACACCCAGCAUGGAGUGGCAGUGAUUUCCCAAAUCCCUGCAGGGCUGGUGCCUCUGGAUGGCAGGAGAGGGGUUGGGAUCACAGGGAGCAUCCUUCCCCUUCUGUCCAGCUGAGCCAGCCCUGCAUUCCCAGCUGAUGGGAAGGGACACCAGGUAGGGCUGCAGAGCUGGGGAGGGACAGCAACAUUCCCUUUUCCUUUCAGUGGGAAUGUCUCACAAGCUUCAAUUCCAGAAUUGAAUCCCUCUGAGUAAAGUGCAGGGUCGAUAGUGAACUCCACGAAACUCCUGUGCCUGUAUCCAGAACGUACAUGGAAUAUGGAAAUUCCCAUCACCAGAUGCCUGGACCAUUUAAUUGCACAGAGAUUAGGGGGUUAUGCUGCUCUUCUGCAGAAUGGGGCCAUCCAUCCUCUGGUUGCCCAGCAUCAGUGCCCAGGGAAGCCCUUGAGCACCUCCAUCCUGAACCUGGCCACCCUCAGGAGGAGCUGCACAGCCACUCUGCACAGCAGCUCCAGCCACAGUCCAGCCUCUCCUGAUCUUUGUCAUUCUGAAACUACCCCUAAAGGAAGUUUGCAUUCAUACUUUUGUUUGCUUCAGUAGUAAUUUCAGCCCCUGACUUUGUUGAAUACACAACAUCCAGGCUUCACCGCAGAGCUUGUGUCUGUUAAACAGUGUCCAAAAUGGCUCAUUUCCUUCUUUUAUCCCAUUCUAAAGCCUCUGGCUGGUCUGGGAGCAGGGCAGGUCCCUGUCUCAUGCCAGAGCCCUUCCUAAGGCAUGUGCCUGCAAUGGUUGGGAUGAUGUUGGCAGUGCCAAGAGCUCCUGAUUCCUCCUGGGAGAGACCUGGGCAGCAGCCACAUCUCUUGCUCAGGGGGAAGUUGUCCCUCCUUUUUCUCUGCCUUAAAUCCAGGGGAAACCCACGUGCCACUGCUUCUGGAAAGGGAAGUGAGGGUGAAAGUCAUGUGUGGAGUCAGGAUUUGGAGAAACAUAUAAGGGUAAACACCUAAGAAGAAUUUCUUAAAAGAGUUGUUAAUAAUUAACAGAAGACACAGACUUUGACAUCUGAGGGGGUUUUCCUCUCCCUGACUCCUGUUUCCUGUCCACUGGAAACCCAAAACUUUCCAAGGUACAACCUCUUGUCAAUGGAAGAAAAACUCAGCCAUGAAGUCUCUCCCAAGGGAAGAGCAGAAGGACCAUUAUCCUUCCAUGUACUUUUUCUGCUUCCAAGCACCUUCCUUGUCUUGUGUGUCAUCCAGGCCGCUCCCUACCUGAGCUUCCUUUCAAAAGAGCAAGACUUCAAACCAAAAGCUUUCCUGGCUGUCCCUGCCCAUGGAAGAAGGAGAGAUGGAAUGAAAUGAUCUCUACUGUUCCUUCCAACCUGUCCUAGGUGACUUUAUGAGCUGAAUUAAACCCCCAUUCAUCUGUUUCGCCCAGAAACAGGUUUUGCACAUUUCAGACCGGUUCUUGAGCAAAGAGGGGCAGAGCAGAUGCAGCAGUUGGUUUUCAGAAGCUGCGCUCAAUCCUCCCCAUUCCUGCUCCCAGACCGUGCUGUCUGCAGCACAGACAUGCAGCACAGAGCUCUCCUUUGCUUUUAGGCAUUUUCAGCUGCCUGAGGCAGAGAAGUUCCCUGGGCUGUGGUUUUCCUUUUGCCUGGAACUGUUCAAACCUUCUCUGGACUGAAAACCUAGGAGAGCACCAGGAGCUCACACCUGUGGCCCACCGGGGCCUGGGACGCAGCAUUUUCCAGCACCAGAGAGACUGAUAAGAGACUCAGUGAGCCAAACUACACUCCACAAUA